AUGAACUUCUCCAGACUUUCGAUCCGCUGGCUCGACCCUUCCGAGGAUGUUCGGCCCACAAAUCUCAACGCUCCUCGCGAUUCGCCAUCACCGAUACGCCUUCCCCAGCUCCUCAAAACCCUCCACCAUAUCAAAACCGAUCUUAAGCAGCCACCUAACUUCCCUCUUUUCCCACAACUUCCUGUCGAAUUAAGGGACCUGAUCUGGAAGCAUGCCGCAUUCGAGCCCCGAGUUAUAUAUAUUCGCCAUGCCCGCGUCCGGGAUAACUGUACUGACGUGUCUUUAUUCCACCGAGGACAUCAAAAGUACCAAGAUCAACCAAUAGUUCCCAUCCUUCUCCAGGUAAAUCGCCAAUCUAGAGAAGAAGGAUUGCGCCAUUACACAAAGUGCUUCGAGAAAGUCGUAGACCCAAGGGACUGGGCUUUCUUCGUCAGUGUUGAGGAUCAUCCAAAGCACGCAAAACUGGUCUAUAUCAACUUCAAAGUUGAUAAAUUCCUCUUUGUGUAUGGUAUCGAUGUUCAAGCCAACACUUAUCAGUACAAUCUCGGUGCCCCAGACGGUCUUCCAUUGGAGAACUUCAACUUCCAGCCUGAUCUUAUGCAACAUUGUCGGCACUUGGUGCUAACAGCGGAGCAUGGCGUGAUCCAGGACUUCGAGAGGGUCAAGAAACUGAUGGCUUUGAAAAGCUUGGACGAGGUCACAAUCCAAGUGUAUGAGUCGGACAAAUACAGGAACGCAAAGCAAGGAACUGUCGAUUACGAUUUACUUCGAGCAAAGAUGAUGGUGAUCCUGCGCGAUAUCAUCGAAGCAGAGCGUCAAGGCUUGCGAGUGAGUUUCUCAUGGGUCUCUCGGCAAGAGAUACUGUGCAAUCAACAUCUCUUAGGCCUGGACCCACACUACUACGUAGACCCGCAGUGGAGUCUCGGUAACAGAUAUGAAGAACAAGAAUAG